AUGCCAGAAUUAAAUACUUUUUGUUGUUGGAAAACUGUGAAGAGCGGAGCAUAUGCUUGUGCUCUCUACACUCUGAUUUUUUAUACAGCUCUUUUUAUUGCGGGAGUAUGCCAUGCUCAAACAGUAUCAAGUUAUUCAUCCAUGUUUGGAUUUUGUUUGGUGAUGGUGGUUUUAUCUGCCGUAUGCAUCAUUUGCUCCGUUAUAUUAAUCGUAGGAUUAUAUAAGGAUAACAGAUAUCUUCUACUGCCUUGGACGGUAGCAGUUGCUAUGACAACGCUAAUAGAUGUCAUGGUUUCAUUUUAUCUCAUAAGAGAUGCUAUCACUGAACCAUUUUUGGCCGUUCUAUUUGUUACAGAUGUUCUUAUAUGUGCUGUUAAUGUUUAUGCUCUUCUAUGUGUUUUGUCCCAAUAUCAAGAAUAUAAAAUUGGACUAGUGAGAGAAAACGUGGUCCAGCCUCGUGAUCAAGAAGCUCCCCGUGAGCCGCCACCCAAGGCACCUGUUACCUCAUCAGUAACUGAUGAAGUCAACUCUAGUCAUGCUCUAUUAAAUCCAUCAGCCGUGGCACCAAAAAUCAGUCUCGCUGGACCAUCUACAUCAGCAGGAAAAAUGGUUUAUUGUGAGCUGACCACCAUAUCAGAAGAAAUGCACUGUCAGACACCCGUUGCAGUGAAAGAAAUGCAGUUGACAUCUUUCUCUGAACAACCUACAAACAAUGAAACGGUGGAAACUGAUGUAAAACAAACCAGCGAGCUUUAAUCUAGUUGUUCUACAUAAGGAAACAUUUUUGAAUAAAUUUCAUACUGUCA